UUGCAAAUGAAUUACACUCUCAGUACAAAAAUGGAAAAAGUUUAAAAAACUCUUAAUAGUUUAUUUAUCUCUUAAAUUAAUCCUUGAUAAUUUUAAAAUAUCAAUUAUACUUUUAUAAUUUAAAAAAUUAAUAAUCAUUUUAAUUUUUUUCUCUCCUCCUUUCAUAUUCCCGCUUAUAAACAUGGAGCGAAAUUUGAUUACUUUGCUUCACUCACCUCUGCACAUUAAUCACCUAAAACAAAUCCACUCACUCAUCAUCACAAACCAUCCAACCCUCGUUACACUUCUCGUCAAACAGAUUCUUAAUUUAUCUUCAAUCGAUUAUGCACGCCAAGUGUUCGAUCGAAUUCCCCAACCAGGUCAAGUUCUUUAUAACUCUCUUAUUUCUACAUACUCUAAGCUUUCUUUGCACAAGGAAGUACUAAAAACAUUUUGUUCAAUGCAUCAGAAUGAUACUCCGGUGAGUUGUUUUACGGCGCCGCCCGUAAUCAAAGCUUGCUCUUCAUUGCUUGCUGUUGAAGCAGGGCAACAGGUUCAUUCUUUGGUUGUGAGUUAUGGUGUUGAUUGCAAUGUUUAUGUUCAAACUUCUUUGAUGGACUUUUAUGCAAAGAUUGGUGAGUUGGGCUCCGCAAGAAAAGUUUUUGAUGGGAUUUUGGUCAAGGAUGCUAUUAGUUUUAACUGUUUGAUUACUGGGUAUUCAAAGGCUGGAGAUGUUGCGACUGCGCGGAAGUUAUUUGAUUCGAUGACGGAAAGGACUGUCGUUUCGUGGAAUGCGAUGAUUUCUUGUUAUGCCCGUAAUGGGGAUUUUAUCGAGGGGUUAAAGACUUUUGAGAGAAUGCAGGCUGAAAAUUUUUCUCCUAAUGAAAUUACUUUGGUGACUCUGCUUUCGAUAUGCGCUAAGCUUGGAGAUCUUGAAAUGGGGUUGAGAAUUAAGAAAUAUAUCAAGGAUAAGAAUUUGUGCACUGAUAUGAUUGUUUCGACAGCGAUAUUCGAGAUGUAUGUUAAAUGUGGCGUUGUUGAUGAAGCACGGAAAGAGUUUGACAGGAUGGCUAAGAGAGAUGUUGUUGCCUGGAGUGCUAUGAUUGCUGGAUACACUCAAAAUGGGAGAUCAAAUGAGGCGUUAGAGCUUUUCGAAUGCAUGAGACGAGAUAAUGUUAAACCUGAUCAUAUCACACUGGUCAGUGUUUUAUCUGCUUGUGAACAGUUGGGCUCGGUGGAAAUUGGUAACAGAAUUGGCAGUUAUGUGCAGAGUCAAGAUUUGGCGUCAAAUGUCUAUGUGGCUUCUGCUUUACUGACUAUGUAUUCUAAAUGUGGAAGCAUAGAUAAAGCUCGACAAGUUUUUGACAAGAUACCUCAAAAAGAUAUUGUUAGUUGGAACUCGAUGAUUGUAGGCUUAGCAGUUAAUGGCCUCGGAAAGGAUGCAAUUGCUCUUUACACAAAAAUGAAAGAGAUUGAUUUAAAGCCAAAUGAAAUAACUUUUGUGGGGUUAUUGACAGCCUGCACUCAUGCAGGUCUUAUUGAAUUAGGUCUUGAGUUCUUUGAAAGCAUGAAAUCUGAUUAUAGAAUUACACCAGAAAUUGAGCACUAUGCAUGCAUUGUAGACUUGUGUUGUAGAUACGGGAGAGUAAAAGACGCCUAUGAGUUUAUAUGUAGAAUGGAUAUUGAGCCUAAUGUUGUGAUUUGGGGAACGUUGUUGGGUGCUUCUAGAGUCCACCCAAAUAUAGAGCUUGCGGAGCUGUCGGCUAGGAAAUUAUUAGAGUUAGAGCCAGAUAAUUCCGGAAACUAUGUUCAACUUUCCAACAUAUAUGCGAGUGCAGGGAGAUGGCAAGAAGCUCAGGAGGUGAGGAACUUGAUGAAGGAUAAUAAAGUUCAGAAAGUAGCCGCAUAUAGUUGGAUAGAGAUGGAAAAUCAAGUACAUAGGUUCUUAGUUGGUGACACUUCUCAUCCUGCAACUGAUGAGGUCUAUGGCAUUCUUGAUAGUUUAGCAAUGCAGUCCAGUUGGUCAGGUCGCAAGAAUUUGACUUGAGUGGACGGAGAGACAUAAGCAAACUUUUGAGCAAUAAAAUAAGCACAUCAUCAUAAGAUUACGAACUGUUAUUUUAUAUUUUUGGGAAGAAAAUAACAGUUUGUACAGAAAGAGCAAAACAAGAAAAAGAUUGAUGUCUCUCCGUGGAUACGAGGAAACGGGACAUUUAGGACAUAGAUACGAGGAAACAUUGUUAUUUGAAAUUUUCUAUGUUAAGAAUGAAGUUCCGUGUUAGAAAUGCUAAGUUUUCGACACGUUUCCGUGGUAUGCUUUCUCUUUAGAACGUUGAGUUUCCAACACGUUUCCAUGGUAUGCUCUCUCUUUACAAAAGUUAAGUUUCCGACACGUUUCCGUGGUUUUUUGGUGAUUAAGUUUGUGUUUUUGAUGUAGGAAUAUAGAUUUGGAUGUUCUAACAAUCACAUUCUUCAAGUAAGUUGCAGAAGUGGAAAUGAGAAGCAGGUAUUGGUUGAUACCGAAGCAUUAGAAGAUGGCUCGAUUUCAGAUUUCCCAACUGUGAAAAAUGGUUAUAAGGUUGAUCUUCAAGUUAAUUGAUUAUAAUUUGUGGUUUGGUUUCUUCAUAAGAGAAACUACAUCAUUUGCUGUCCAGGAGAGGUUAUACACAUUCUGGUUUAAGCUUAUCAUGUUAAUUGUUUAAGGCUCGGCAGGCAUUGAGGCAUAAUAUGGCUCCAAGCUCUCUUCUCUGGGCGCUCCGUCAGGAGACAAGCUGUGUUGUGUUCUUGGUGUUGCCAAGCUUCAGGCACUAGCUCGAGGGGUGAAAGUGAGCAAUUUCAGAUUGCGGCAGUGUGGUGAAGCUUCUGGUGUGCUUUUUGGGUGAUAAAAUGAUUUUUACAUUUCGGUUUGUUUUGAGCCGGUAAGUCGGAGACCCCCUAUUUUGAGCUGUACUGUCAACAUUCAAGCUGUAAGCUCAAGAUUUUCCGAUGUAAAGAAUUAUGUGUCGUAAAACCUUCGAACUGUAAAGUCGAAAUUCCCUUAUCUUAUUAUAUUCUUUGUUAUGCGAAGAGAUACCUUUUGAAACGAUGGAAUUGCAAAAGAGUUUAUUCA